UUCAAAUAUUUGUAAGCAAAAUGCACAACAGCUAAGAGGCGGUGUGUUCAGUCUUCGGUGGCGGUUUCUGGUUAGCGGGAGUGCUCGUUGACUAACAAACAAAACGCGGUCCACACUAGAGAGAGCACCGUCCGUCGGGUCAGGUGAAUCGCUAGUGGCUGCGACUCGCGCUCCGAAUUUUCCGGCUUCCGUGAGCAUAUGGAACGCUGAAUGCACUCGUUUUGUCCGAGUUUGUCGCGCGCGCUCGUUCGGUAAAAUGACAGACAGAUGGGUAGGUUAGGUAGGCGGCGCAUUUGAGUGGGUUGACGGGACGAAGGUGGAAAAUUGAUUUUCUCCUCGGGAGGAUCGCGCGCGGUACUACUACUACUGCUUCUGCUGCUGCUGCUGCUUUUGCCUUCUGCUCGGUUAUUGCUAUCAGCACAUCUACGUCAACAUAUUCAUCGUGCAGGAGUUGCUACUGAGGAGAAACGUGUUUGUAGGACGUCACUUGCCAGGAUGAACGUUCUAUGGUCGUGUGGAUUGUAUAACAUCAAUUGGCGAUAGCCUCUACGGCCUCGGCAGAACAACAAACGGCUCGACUCAAACAGACGAGACCAAACAGUCCAAGCGAGUGGGUGGUUGGCGACAGAAGAACGGAGUGUUUUCACCUUUUUGGCUUCGUCGAUUGCGGUCGGCCGGUCGAACUGAAAGUUCGGUGCUUCGUUAUUGGGGUUUUCGCAGCCGAGCUAGGUUGUAGCUCGGGUCGUGCUCUUUUACAAAGAUAGUACGGAAAAUUAGCCAUCCAUUUACUAGCCCUUAGCCCGUCGUGUGCAUUGUAGUGUGAUUGUUUUAUUUACCAGCCAGUGAAGACGUGGUGCUUUGGAAAAAAAAAGUUCUACGAAGUUUACUAGCGAUGGUUUUGGCCUUUUAACUGGGAAAGUUCAGCAGAAGGUGCAAAUUCGACAGCUUUCGAAACAGCAUAAUCGUGCACCGAAGAGGAAGAAAAAUUCGCAUAAUACAGUAUACGAAAGGAAGAGAAAAUCGAUUCAAGUGUGUUUAUUUUUCAAGUGAAUCCGAAAAGCACUCUAGUGCUUAUUAUUCAACUUCUGAAAUAAUAGAAAGAAAUUUCUGAAAGUGUUUGUUCUGAUUGCAUUGGAGAAGAGACAGUGUAGUGCGUGCUGGUGUCGGGUCAGGUCUGAAUGUUGAAAAUGUCCUCGAUAUCCGCUCAAGGAGUGGUUGAGCGUGCCUCGGCCGAGCUUUCCAAGCGCAUCAAUGGCCUUGGCCUGCGCUCGAAGCACCACCAUAGCAGCGGAAGCAGUAAAUCUGGAGAGAAGACAAGCGUGAUGGAACGCGUCACAAACGUGCUCUGUGGUGGGUCCAGUAGCAACAACAGCAAUUCUGCACAAUCGGUCAAUGCCGGGGGUGCUCCUGAGAAGCCCUCUCGAAUAUCCGGUGGCUCCACCAGCAGUGUUGCGAACAGUGGGAAGGGCUCUUCAAGUAGUAAAUCGCAAUCAAACACACCCCAAUCUACCCGUAAAAUAGCGCAUCACCAUCAGCAUCACGCUGGAGGUGGUGUCAACAUGAACCACCACGCUUCCAACAUGCAUAGUGGUAAAUUAAUUGCAGCUGCACCGCCGCCACCGCAGAUUGUUACGAUUGAGCAGCUGCUGCAGGAUGAGCGUUUUCUGAAUCGGUUCUUCCUGUACUUCUCGUCAUUCGAACGUUGCACCUUAGCUCAGGUUUGUCAGAAGUGGCGCGACAUGCUGUACCGUUCGCCGCGCUACUGGAGUGGCCUGGUGCCGGUUCUGUUGUGCCGCGAACUGCGUCAAACGUCCAACCAAGAUCGUGUGAAGCUGUAUAAUUCGCUGAUACGUCGCAGUUUCCACGCUGUGUGUUUGAUGGGAGCCACGGAUGAGGACGCAUUGGAUCUUGUGCAUUCGUUUCCGCUUGCAUCAAAGCACGUACAUUCGCUUAGUUUACGAUGCUCGUCGAUCAGCGAUCGAGGAUUAGAGGCGCUAUUGGAUCAUUUACAGUCACUAUUCGAACUGGAACUCGCCGGGUGCAAUGAAAUCACCGAAGCUGGACUUUGGGCUUGCCUAACACCUCGGAUAGUGUCCCUCUCGCUGGCGGAUUGCAUAAAUGUAGCGGACGAAGCGGUCGGAGCCGUAGCACAACUGUUGCCUUCAUUGUACGAAUUUUCCCUGCAGGCGUACCACGUAACGGAUGCAGCCCUUGGUUAUUUUUCACCGAAGCAAAGCCACAGCCUAAGCAUCUUGCGGUUACAGUCCUGCUGGGAGCUCACCAACCAUGGAGUCGUAAAUAUUGUGCACUCGUUGCCUCAUCUAACAGUAUUAUCGCUCUCCGGCUGCAGUAAAGUGACGGACGAUGGCGUGGAACUGAUCGCGGAAAACCUCCAGAAGUUGCGUGCGCUAGACCUGUCAUGGUGUCCGCGGAUAACGGACGCCGCCCUCGAGUACAUCGCCUGUGAUCUCAACCAGUUGGAAGAACUUACACUCGAUCGGUGCGUACACAUCACCGACAUCGGUGUCGGCUACAUCUCGACGAUGCUCUCCCUGUCAGCCCUUUUCCUGCGUUGGUGUACGCAGAUUCGCGACUUUGGCCUGCAGCAUCUGUGCUCGAUGCGGAACCUCCAGGUGCUAUCGUUGGCCGGCUGCCCUCUGCUCACCUCUUCGGGCCUGUCCAGCCUGAUACAGCUGCGCCACCUACAGGAGCUCGAGCUAACCAACUGCCCCGGAGCGUCACAGGAGCUGUUCGACUACCUGAGGGAGCACCUGCCCCGCUGCUUACUUAUUGAAUAAUUGACCGAACCUUCGUUGAGUUGGUCAGUAUGGACGUUUCUGUUAUGUUUUUCUGGAAUACUUCUGUGAAUAGAAACGGCAUAAACCGUAGUUUUUUGACUGUUUUGAUAAUCGUAAGCCCUUUCCAAGUAUGUCGAAAAAAGAGUAGAGAUUAGUGGAAACUAAAAGCAAGUAACUUUACCUGAAGCAAACAAACCCUAAUAGGCUUCGCUAAACGCCUGCAAAGUAGUUAUUUAUAGGUUGAUAUAUUGUUUAAAAUUUGAAGCCAUGGAAAGGCUUCUAGUUUGAAUUUGUAUAUUGAGAAUUAAUUUUAAAAUUGUGAAGUGUAAAAACAUGGUCUUUCUUAAACCAAAAAUCAAAACUUAUUUUGGUGUAAACCUCUAAAAAAAAUAUUGGUGUCUUGCCCUACGAAUGGAUACGGUAAAUCGUGCAAUUAGUGAUUUCAUUGCCCUUAAAACAUCAUUAUUACUAUUAACAACGCCGUUUUUUUUUUAUGUUCCCAAAUCGCUUGCCAUUCAGCUUUUCACGUUCGUGGAUUGAAAAAAAAAAAUCAUUCAUUAGCACCAAUUUCACACUAAAUUUUCUGAGUGCGCGAUUCAUGCGGUGACUUGUCCGAGAAGAACGCGAAAACAAUUGACCGUUCCCGUCAAAAAAUGUUAUUCACUCAAUCGAUUCUUUAUUUUAUUUAAGGUAAACUUUCUUUAAAACAAAACAUAUUUCUACGCCUCCAAGUAUUUUUAAAAUUCAAAACAAAAAAUCAAAAAAGGUCCUGUUUUACGAAAUUUGCCUUACAUUUGCCCGACUUUGAACGAACAAUGGGUGAAUUGUUCAGGCCGGUUCACACAUGCACUUUUUCGGUAUUUGUUUUCGAUUUUUAAAAUAGUUAGAGGCUUAUGGUUUCUUCGGAACAGUUGAACAGUUGAAAUGAGCCAAAGAAUCGACUGAGACUGAGGUUAUGCUCAGCAGAGUUAAGAGCCCCACACAUAGCAUACGUUUGCGUUGCGUUUGACACAUUUCCCAUGGGAAAACUGUCAAACGCAACGCAAACGUAUCCUAUGUGCGGAGCUCUUUAGCGCAAUAUUGUCGUGGACUUUUCUUUAAAGAAUUGUAUUUUCCUGGCGCAGCAAGUAGCCGCAAUAAAUAGGUGCCUUUUUGGGUCGGGGUUUCUGCACGGUGUGCGUUCGGAAUAUGGUGGAUUCAAUACAGCAUGAUUUUAAGCCAUCCUAACCAUGGAUGCAUCCUAACCGAUCGUGGAAAGCCGAAUAAUAUUGCGCGAUAAACAUGAUAAUUUUCAGCAAACAUAAAAUUGUUUUUGGCGACCUGACAAAUCGAAAUGCUCGAAGAAAUAAUUUUAGAAAAGUCAUUAAUAAGUUGAAAUUAUGCAAUUGAAACAUUGAUUAAGGUUCUGUUAGUAAACUAAACGAUGCGGUAUGUAGUGUUCUUUAUGUUCCAUGUUCAAAUGUCGCGAAGAACACUGUCAAAUAUGUUGAAAAUGUAAUUCUUGGAUAUGAAAACCAUAGACAAAAUGAAUGAUUGUUGUAAUGCGAUACGGCUGUGUAGAUAAAAAAAUGUGUAAACAAAUCAGUUAGAUUAGGCUAUCCUACUAAUUACAACUACGUCAGGUCUGGUGAGUGUGCAAUUUUAAUUAAUGCUGCGGAUGAUAAAAAUAAUGAUUUUUUUUAACACUGGGUCUAUUGUUUGGAAAAGCGCUUUGAACCCAUAAAUUUAAAUGAUACUUAGCGCUUAAACGGAAAAUAGAAAAUUAAACUAUAUAUGAAGUAUAACAAUCCAAAUAAAACAAACUUGUUAUGAAAAAUUUACUAUUGCAAAGAUAUUGCAAUUCAAUGGUGAGAGAAUUUGGUGUAAAUAUUUUUUUUAAAUAUAAGCGGAAAAUGCCAGUUGUUGAUCGUAUAUGUAGAGUCCUAAUAUAUUACGAAACCAAACCAAAACUUAUGCCCUUAAACCAGUUUCUUACCAAUAUGAGCAAUCCCAAAGAAGUGCGACUAAACGUAAGAGCCUAAACUGUACACUAAACCAUGAGCGAGAAAAGAAGCUAAUUAGAAGUUGCGAAAAGAGUAGCGCACUCUCUAGCAUUAACCAAAGUCGAGAUCAAAGUGAGAAAGACCGCCCAAGUCUGACUGAUUUUUCGAGCUCCUUAUAAACUAAAUCGUUAUUCAGUGAAGCGCGUGAAGAAGCUACACACUCUAUAUGCAACUACCUUAGGCGCGAUCACCAUUUUCAAAUACCAUCACUUCACUGUUAGGCAAGUAGGUAUGAAUGCUUGUCUUUCUUAUUGUUUUGGUUAGAAAAUGUGAAUAUUUUCAUAGCAAUUAGCAAGAAAGUGAACAGAUUAUUUCUUUCUCACACUUUUUCUCUCAUACACACAUACAUUUUGCUAUCAACAGCGUUUUUAUGAAAACUGAACAAACAAAAAUAGUAAAGGUGAAUAUUUCCAAGAAAUGUAACAAAUAGAAUUCUAUAUUACAAUAACUAUUACAUGAUAAUGAAAUAUAAUUACAAAACCAGAAUGCUGAUACAAACUGAUGAAAAGUUCUUUCA